AACGCCCCACAAGACAUGCGGAAGUGGUGUUUCCCCUUGAUGACGUCGCUGCUCCAGCCGACGAGAACUGUGCAGCUAGCUCCGGACAACGAAGAGAAUUAAUGACUUAAAUGCGAGUGAAAGUCCUGCGAGAGUGCGUUUUUGUCUAAAGCAUUGUACCCGACUAUAUAUCUCCGAGGCAAAAAAGUUACAAUGACUUCUUUUAACGAGUUAGCUUAGCCUCUCUGACCAGUACAGUGCUGGUCUCAGCCAAGGAUGACAGCUCCAAGCUAAGCUAACAACACACACCUAGUUUACAGAAGAGGAGCAAGAUGUUGGAGUCCUACGUCACACCACUCCUGAUGAGCUACGUGAACAAAUAUAUCAAGAAUUUGAAGCCAUCUGAUUUGCAGCUGUCUCUCUGGGGAGGAGAUGUAGUGCUCAGCAAAUUGGACCUGAAGCUGGAUGUGCUAGAACAGGAAUUGAAACUUCCAUUUACAUUCUUGAGUGGUCAUAUCCAUGAGCUGCGUAUUCAUGUACCGUGGACAAAGCUGGGUUCAGAGCCUGUUGUCAUCACCAUCAACACCAUGGAGUGCAUCUUUAAGCUGAGGGAUGGAGACCAGGAUGACCAUGAGAGUGGUUCUACCUCAACAAGUCGCAGUGUCUCAGAAAGUUCCAAGGCUACAGGCAAGCCCCGCCGCCUCCAACAAGCUGCCCCCAGCGACCCCGACCUGCCCCCAGGUUAUGUUCAGAGCCUGAUCAGACGUGUGGUGAAUAAUGUGAAUGUUCUGGUGAACAACCUAAUACUGAAAUACGUUGAGGAUGACAUCGUGUUGUCAAUCAACAUUACAUCAGCAGAUUGCUUCACUGUUGAUGAUCUGUGGGAAAGAGCCUUCAUGGAUAUCACAGCUCCAGAAUUGGUUCUUCGGAAAGUGAUCAACUUUGCUGAUUGCACCGUUUGCUUGGACAAGCGGAAUGCAAGUGGCAAGAUUGAGUUCUACCAGGACCCUCUGCUGUACAAAUGCUCCUUCAGAACACGUCUUCAUUUUAGCUACGACAACAUCAAUUCCAAGAUCCCAUCCGUCAUCAAAAUCCAAACCAUGGUGGAUAGCCUGAAGUUAUCAAUUACAGAUCAGCAACUUCCCAUGUUCAUCCGGAUUUUAGAACUGAUUAUUGCGCUUUACUACGGAGAAAUUGGAGGACACAGAGAAGCAGACCGAGAAGAAAGCAUCUGUCAUAUCAGGGAAGCUGGAACAAAUGUACCUGGGAUGGAUGUGGACAUAGAGAACCAGGGUCCAGGGCAGUACUCAAAUCCAGAGUUUUACAUGGACUCAGACAUGUCUGCAGAGAAUUACCAAGGAUGGGUCUCUUGGGCUUGGUCCUUCGUUCCAGCCCUAGUAGGCUCAGAGGAGGGGGAAGAAGGUCUUUUCUUGCAGGGAGAGACUGGAGGCGUCCCAAACAAUCCCCAACAACACACACUUAAGGAUCCCAUUGUGUCCAUUGGGUUCUACUGUACUACGGCUUCUCUUACAUUUAAGCUGACAGAGUGCCAGGCAGAAAGCAGCUACUACAGCCCUCAGAAGGUGAAGUCAAGAGAAGUUAUGUGCCUGGUACAAGAAGGAAUAACCAUUGAGGUACUGUUAAUGGGGGAGCCCUUCUUUGACUGUCAGAUUGGUGUUGUGGGUUGCCGGGCUCUUUGCAUGAAAGGCAUCAUGGGAGUACAGGAUUUUGAAGAAAACAUCAACCGAUCUGAAGAGGAUGCAGUGUUCUUCAGCUGUGGGGACAACCUAAGCAGCAAAGGAAUGACCUACCUAACCAACUCUCUGUUUGACUACCGCAGUCCAGAGAACAAUGGCGUCAGAGCAGAGUUCAUCCUGGAUACUGUUACUCACAAGGAGACCUACACAGAGAUAGCAGGCAUGCAGCGCUUUGGUGCUUUUUACUUGGAUUACCUCUACACAAUGGAGAACAGCAGCGGCAAAGAUUUUCAGGACUCGUCUGCAGGGAUCAUAGAAGACAUAGUGCCUACUGUUCAAGAGAUAUCUAUCAAGAGACUGGUGGUGGGACCUUUAGAUAUCAAGUUACACAGUAGCGCUGUGCAUCGCAUUAUCAAAAUGAUUAUAUGUGCCAUGGACCAUGAGUAUGAGCCUUACUGUAAACCACAGCAAGAAAUUGUUGAGGAAAGUCGUUCUUCAGUGAAUCCAGAGGAGAUCUCAAGAUUAGAAGAAUUUAUUCCCACCAGACUCACUUGUCUCACACUGCUCCAAGUCUCCAUCACUGUUUCUAUGGCUGAAUUCAACCUUCUUCACACACUAAUUCCUCUCAUCAUUGGAGGCAAGGUUCCACCAGGCCCAGUCAACGUAUCCGCCUUUCGGCCGAUGCGCCCCUUACCCUCAGCACAGUUCCAGGUGGAGCGGAUAAAAGUGGAACACUCUGUGCCCAUGUAUGCUCCAGAGUUGGUCAGCAUUGUCAGUGCUCUCAGCCAGCCUUCUGACAACCUUCUACAUCACUGCUAUGCACACUUUUACCUCAAGGUGUCUGGGUUCCAGGCAGGCCUUACAUGCCAAGAUAGCACUGGGGGAUUCCUUCCACUGAUCCCAGUCAUUCCCUCUUUUAGCACAGCACUUUAUGGGAAGAUGAUCCAGAUGCCUGCAUACUGGUGAGUUCGAAGAUUCUAAGAUUGGAAAAA